GAGACUAGCCCCGCCUCUUCCUAUAAAUAGCGGGCGUCUCCCGCUUCAGCGGCUCAGUCGCGGUGCCGCCUCUUUCGGCGGAGGUGAGGGUCGGUGCGUGCAUGAGAGCGCGGCGAAGAGGGGAGGCGGGCAGGAGCGCGCGUGCCAGCCGGCGGAGCGGCUGUGUUGCCGGGGCGGCGGCUUUCCUCUCCACGCACGAGCCGCUGGGGAAAGAAGACGGAGCCGAGCAUGGCGCUCUCGAUGCCGGUGAAUGGGGUGAAGGAGGAGGGCGACAAGGAGCCGCUCAUCGAACUCUUCGUCAAGGCUGGCAGUGAUGGAGAAAGCAUAGGAAACUGUCCCUUUUCUCAGAGGCUCUUCAUGAUCCUUUGGCUCAAAGGUGUGGUGUUUAGUGUUACGACAGUUGACUUGAAAAGGAAGCCUGCAGAUCUCCAGAACCUGGCUCCAGGGACUCACCCGCCCUUUAUCACAUUUAACAGUGAAGUCAAAACAGAUGUGAACAAGAUUGAAGAGUUUCUUGAAGAAAUCCUCUGCCCACCCAAGUAUUCAAAGCUUUCUCCAAAACACCCAGAAUCGAAUACUGCUGGAAUGGACAUAUUUGCCAAAUUUUCAGCAUUUAUCAAGAAUUCCAGGCCAGAAGCUAAUGAAGCCUUAGAGCGAGGCCUUCUGAAAACUCUGCAGAAGCUGGAUGAGUACCUGAACACUCCUCUCCCCGAUGAGAUAGACGAGAACAGCAUGGAGGAUGUCUUGGUUUCCAACCGCAAGUUUCUUGAUGGUGAUGAGAUGACACUAGCAGAUUGCAACUUGUUGCCCAAGCUACAUAUUGUCAAAGUUGUGGCCAAAAAGUAUCGCAACUUCGAUAUUCCCAAGUCCAUGACAGGCAUAUGGAGGUACCUGACCAACGCCUACAGCCGUGAUGAAUUUACCAACACUUGUCCUGGAGACAAAGAAAUUGAAAUUGCUUACAGCGAUGUAGCUAAGAGACUCACUAAAUAAGCAGCACUUCACCUACGUUCAUAACAAAAUGCUUCUUUUAACAGACUGCUCUUUUGUUUUUGACUUUUUAAGAUAGCAAUUUACUUUGCAUGAAUUUGCAGUUAUUCAGUGUUAUGUUUCAUAGGACUUGGGGGUACAAUGGUCUGCUUAAAACUUGCAAAUGAAAGUUUUGACUUUUUGCCUCCUGUGACAAUUUGAUCCUGCAGCAUACCAAUUCUGCAGUCUUGCCCAGGAGCGCUAUACAGCUCAUGGCUUUUGCUAGCAUGAGCUAAAAUAAAUUUGCAUAUACUGGGUCCAUAUUAGAUGAGGACCAGUUUAAGCAGCAGACCUGUAAAGCUUUUCUGGACUGAACUACUUCAGACUGUGGGGAUGAGCUCCAGGUUAGAAUAUCUCCCUAGUGUGUAUACAGACUAGUGUGUUGGGAACAAUAGUUCAAAAAGCCUUUUGUGGAUUUUUAAAGAUAGCCAAGGAAGGUUCUCCCCCCACCCACCUUUGGAGAGCAUAUUACACAGCUUCUCUCCCCAACUGCCUGAAAUGGUUCACUUCGUGAAAAACUUUACUGCUAUGAUCCUGCUAGCCCUUGAUCUCAAAUCAGCCUAAGAAGUGUUUCUUGAUAUGGCUGAAGGAUUAUUUAUCUGUUUUGGGGGGGGAUGUCUUUAAACAGCUAUGUGUACCAGAGCUCUUAGAAAUACUGUACUUGUUGGUCUGUCUGCACUGUGUGUCCCUAAGCUGCCUAUUGCCUGCCCUAAAAAAGAGCGACUUGCAGAAUUACUGGGGAGAAACUGGGAAGACUGCCUUUGCUGCCAAGGAGACAUCAGUGAACAAGCUGAGACACCAGGAGGCUGCACUCUUGGGAGGGGAGUUAGCUGUAAUAGGCAUGUAUUUGCAUGAGUCCCUUUUGUGUGUGUGGGUUUUUUUUGUGCUGUGGUCCUCUUGAACUUCAACAUUCGGUUGGGUCAAAAUCCCCAGAAAUCUUCAUUGAAGAAUGACUUUAAGCAGACCAUCAGAAUAGAAAAAUAUGGCCUUUGCGACAAACCCCCCCCUAAGCUUAUUAAGAAUAGGAGGAUGCUUUUUUUUUUUUUUAACUUAAACUUUAUUCAAGGAAGUUUAAAUAUAGUCUAUACACUAUAUUAAAAAAGAAGUUAGAGUUCUUAAAUGAACACUUGCUUUAAAAAAGUUAAAGAGUUUGUAAACUUAAGAUUUCAAGUCAAGUCCAGUAGAGUUUCUUGGCUGCCGCUUCUGCCCUGCUAGCCCUCCGCAAAAUCCUCUUUGAUAGGGGUACAGUAGGCAGAGAAGGUGCUGGCGCUGCUCAGAACCCCCUUCCACCUUAAAAAAAAACAACCCACCAGCAGCUGGUUCUUGGUGUCCAGGUUCCCCAAAGUAAAAAAAGGAGAUUGUGUUGUUCUGCUCACAGGCCAAGGCCUCUUGGUUGUUGACUGGCUUUAAGGCCAGGAUGCUGUAGGCCCAGUUGUGGCACUUUUUGGAGUUUCAGCGGCAGUCCUUGAAACACUCCCAUCUCCUGCUUCCAGCAGCCACAGUGCCUGUUGCUGCAGCCACCUUUGUAGUUGCACCCCCAAAAGUUCUUGGUUGCUCUGGUUAUUUUUUGCUGUUACCUAAUCAUCAGGAAGAUCCUUUUUGCUUUAAGGCACUGAAAGUUUUCUUAAUAUGCAAAUUGAACAAAUCUUCAAAACUUGCGCUGUUAAAUGCCUUAGAUAAGUGCUAAGAUUCUCCUUGGGUGCGAAGCUGCUCUUAUGUCACUGGGUAGAAGUAUCACUGCUGAUGUUUCCUGCUCACUGUUGCUAACAUCAGAAUUUUGCUGACAGUACUUUUGAAACAUUUUUUUUUAAAAAAAAUAUGUGCAAGUGACCUUUAAAAACCAUCGUGGUUGCCUUAAAUGGACCAUAGUUCCAAAAAAUAUAUUUUUUCUCUUCUGAAGCUAUGGAAUACGAUGUUAUUGUGUUAACUUUUCCUGCCUUCAUUGUACCUUCAGUUGAUCUUUGCAUAAAUAUCCCUGACCUCUAGCUUUUCAUGCCACAGUCAUUAGGCAUCAGAUUUUUUCCCCCUAGAUUGGUAUCAAGUAAUAGCACUGUAAAUUUAAUUAAAAAACAAAAACAAAACUUUUUGUAUUCUUUAAUAAAAACAGUGAAGUGUUUUGAGGCAUGGAGUGACCUUUCCAUUUUUAAAGAAGCCAUCAAGGACUACUCCAACGAAUGUCUCACCAGUGUACUUUUUUGAAAUUUAUACAACAAAAUGUAAUUUUUCUAAAUAUAACCAAUUUUUAGUUGUCGAAGAGUGCUAUUUCUUUCCAGUCUGGAGUUAUUCAGCAUAAACCAGUAGCACAGAAGAGGAAUGUGAAAUCUUUUAGGAGAAGUAACUUAUUAAGAGGGGUUAAAAGCUAUGCUUUUUAUUGUAAGCUUCAUAUUAUUACCGCAUGAUCUAUCAUGAAAAUUAGUGGAAACAGGUGUCUUGGAAACAGGCUUGUAUUUGUUACUGGUAGCUUUUGUGGUGCCUUCCUGCUAUUCCCAUUUUAAAUAUGUCCAGUGUUAACUGCAAAAUCAGUUAUAUGCAUAUUUUCUUGUUAAGGGGGGGGAGGUGCUUGAAGCGUCUUCUGUUUCUGACAUACCCUGAAAAGGGGAGAGGGGGGAAAUGCUUUUGCAGCACUUGUUUGCUGGUAUAUCUUCAUUUUUAGUUUCCCAUGCCUGAAAUACGCUCCCAAUUCUUGCUGAUGUUGUCCAUGCUGUCUCUCAGUUGCUACCUUGCUGUGCAGUUUCCCCAGUUAGAUGCACGCGUUCAGUAAUGAUGUGGCAAAAUGCAUCAUGGUAAACUCUGGAUGGUUGCUGAUUAUAAUCCAAACUUAAGCACAACUUUCUUGCCAUCCUGGUUGUGUUUUUCCUGAUACUGACUGAAAGUAUGUUGUCAGAAAACUCGCCCUUUCAGUAAUUUGGUAGGAGGGGUAGGUGGGAAGGCUAAAGCUAAGACCAAUAUGGACUGUCUUUUCCAGUUGGAGCUAAGCAGUUGCCCCCCUCUGUUUUUUUACUUGGCAGACAUUUUUUAGGUUACUAAAUCUGCUUAGGAUAGAGUAGAUAGAGGGUUUUUUUGUGGAUUUUGGACAAAGUAGCCCUAACAACUGGGGAUUUGAAUUGAGGUCCUGUCUGGAAAGUCCUUUGGCACUUCCCAACUACGUGAGUCAAAAUAGAAGGACAUUGAGUGCCAGCUUGUUUUAAAUGAUGCUAUAAAAUAAGAUAAUUUUUCAUCCAUCACUUGGUGCUGAUAUUAUGCCUUAGCACGAUUGAAUGAAUAUAUUAAUAUAGGAAGUGGUUAAAUAUUAUGUUCUUGAUCCUAUCAAGCUGGAACCAGGAAAUCUUCAUUAAUAUAUUUUAAGGAGAAAAAACUUGCCUCCUUAGUAUUGAUGUGUAUAUAUAUAGCUAUGAUUCCACUUAUCCCUUUUGUAUGAUGCAGCCAUUCCCACAAAUUAUAUACAUGCCUUCAUGGCCCAUGUGGAUGAAAGAAUUUUGUUCUCUUCCCCUAGCAAUUGAGGAAUUAGUGACUUCUGGCUUCAGACAGGGAACAAAAACUCCAUGUAUCGUUUUUCUUUUUCAGUGGCUUUUAAAAUAAGUGACCAUCGAACUGUUUGUCACCUUCAUUGAUUUUUUAGUGCUUUCGGUUUGAUUGACUUCCUGGAAGUCUUGAAUGAUCACCAGCUCAGAUGAAAUCUUUAUUGUGUCGCUGUUGUGAAGUCUGGAGAGGAAGGAAUAUGGCAGGUUUAUUCCAAGGAAGGUCUCCCUUCUUCACAGGGGUAUAUAUUGUGUGUUCAAUUGAGGGAUCGUCACUGAGUUGAAAUUUUUUUUUUUGCUUUUAGCCCUGCAUAUUCUACAAAAGCACUCUUGGUGGUGGGCCUGUUCACAUUUCCUUCCACCUGACCAUCAUUAUGUUUAAGAGCAUGAGGUGGUAGUCCCACAUAAACUAAAAGUACAAGCAAGGACACAGCAAUUUGGAUGAGAUGGGAAUUGCCAUGGUCCUGUGGGAUCUAAGCACAUGUACAUGGAACCUAACCAUCAUGCCACAUUGUGUGAAGCAGCCAGUAGUGUAAAAACCAUUCCCCAGUGCCAUAUUGAAUUCGAUCCUGUAAUGGAUUGUUUAUCUGGUGUGACGGGGUUACCUCUCUUUCUGCCAGAGAUGCUUACAGUUCUUUGAGACUGAGAAUUUAGGAUAUGGUAAACGUUCAGUUGGAGCAAUCUUGGAAUUUCUUCUUUGCAUACGUGUAAGUGGGAGCAAAUUUUUCUAAGCGAUAAUCCUGGGACUGGCUACAUGGACUUGCAGGUGGGAGUCUGAGGUCUGUGUCAUAGUCAGAGGUGACCUUCUUGUAAGACUAAAUGAGGCUCAUCAGUUGUCUCUCACUUAGUACCCUGUUCCCUGGGAGACAGUCACCAGUGAAGUUCUCUUGCAUAAUUGCCAUUGAAAUCAACUUCUUAUUCCUUUUUGGAGCUUGCAAAAAGAACUUUCCAGGGGUUUAUCAGUCUGUGUCCGGAAUCUUAGUUGGAUUUUCUGCCUGAUGCAUCAAAAAGCCUUGCAAAUACUCUGUUCUGAUGCUUUGAAAAUACGAUUCAAAAAGGAAGGCUUGGCAGUGUCAGGCUUUUCCUUUCAUCCACCUCAAAUUUUUUUUUAAAACAUCCAAGUGUGUACUCUUGUCAAGUGAUUGAGUUUCAAGAUAGUUUGCUGUUCUAUAAAUUUUCCUGCUAACCUCUUGUGUCAAAGUGUGGAGAGUCUUAAAUAGCAAGAAUAAUGACUGAUUCCCCUGUGAUCCUUUGUGUACAUUCUGUAGGUGAUGGGAGUGAACCUCAAGCUUGCUCUCCACCUGUUCUGGUAGAAGAGCUGGGUGAACCAGUGCCUACACAUGCUGGAACAUUAACAAUUGGUCUGCUGCUUCAAAAGAAACUGAUUUUAGGACUGGAGUUUUACUGUUUCUACCUGGUCUGUGCUGACUCUUGUAUCUUUAAAAGCAGCUUGAUCUGCAAGUAAUGAAGGUCUUAGCUGUAAUGGCAGAUUGAAAAAUUGGCUGCUGUAAACCCUACUCAUGUGCUAAAGUGUGUGUGUAGGCAUCAGUGUGACACGGGAAAGCUCUCUACGUGCAAUGGGGGACAUGCACAGGAGCCCAGGACUACCUCCCAUGCUCUGAUGCAGGUGGAUUAAGGUCACAUGGAACAUGACAGCUUUUGUAGGAUCCUACAGGGCCAUGCUUUACCUUUCUUUUUCCCUGAAACUGUUGCUUUAGGAAGAUGAGAUAGGAAAUGAAGUGUUUAUGCUAAAAGCUGAUGACAAUUUUCUUUUGUUUGUGACUAAUGGGAGGUGUCUUGUGCAAACCCAUAGUUGGGUAGAGACUGUCAAAUUCUUCCCUGUCCUUUUGAGCACAUCUGACAAUGUUCUUAUUUUAAAACAGCAUUUUUGAAGCUUAUCAUGGUCAACUGUUGCAUGUAAGGAAAGGGGGGAAGGGGAGUGGGUAGGAAUGGGUUAUACAUUUCCAGAAUGGGCAGGUAUUAAUAUGGCUUCAAUACAGAGUGAUACUUGGAGUCUCCAAACAACUUAUUGUACUAUUGCUUAUCUUUUCACUUUUCUGGAAUAUCUUUUACAGAUAUACCGGCAAACUGCUGGCAGCUAUUGUUUAAAAAAUAAAAUUAUAUUUUCACUUA